UCCCUCCUCCCACAAGAUGGCCGCCCGGCUGGGGUUUGCCAGUGUUGAUCUCCUCCGCCUCCGUUCGGCGUCAGGGAAGCCUAUCAUCCUCUUGGUUAACCUCAGCCUCCAGUAAUCCUGUCAAUUCUCCUCUUGGUGUGUGUGCUUUGACAAGCACCCAAGAGGCUAUUUUUCCCCUCUCCCUUCCAAGCUGGAACUGAAACACUCACACAAGUGCAAUGAGAAGACGUGGAGCCUGACCAUCUCACCUGGCUGUCGAUCUUGUUAUUGAGCACAGAUGCUCCAGUGAACCUGGGACUUGAACCAGGCCACAUACCUUCCCUGAAUGGAUGUGUGUGCCUGAGAAACGCCAUGUCGUAGCUGACUGAGACCAGAGUGAAUGCGCAGUUGCUGCGCCAAGAAUCCAUGAACCUGAUGACCCAGGCAGAGAUGACUCUUGGGAUGCUUCUCCUCCCUGUUCACAUGAGAGACGGCUCCAGUGUUCCCUGCUUCCUGGCCUCAUUUGGAGACUUCUCAGGCCUUUGUUCCAAGAGUAAACCAUUAAGGAACAAGCAUAAGAGAAAAUAGCCCUUUCAUGAACACAGUCAACCAAACAGCCCUGUGUUGAUGGUGAAGAAUGUUCCACACCAGUGGUCGAGUGGGGUUGUGCCUACUGGCUGAAGUUUUGUUGGCUGUUCACUUGAUAUUAAGACUGAUACUUACGAGACUGUAGAAUACUGGCCUUCUUACUCCCAAGGUCUAGGAAUCAUUCUUCCCCAGUGAGGGAGGAUGUGAACGAGCGAGGAGACACAUAAAAAAGCUUCUUGAAGCUCUCGGGUCUUCCCAUAUGGCCUGCUGCUGCUUGGUUCUGGGUCUGUCGGAAGCUGACACCAUCUUGAUGCAUGACUUCUAACUUAGGAAAGACUGUAAACAGGAAGUGGGGGGAGGAGCUCCAGGCUGAAGCACACUGACAUCUAUGAUCUCUAUUCCAGGUGUUCAGUAGGCUCUAGGCUCAAAAUUUAGGCCAGCGUUUCUCAACCUGUGGGUCAAGACCCCUUUAGAAGUCAAAUGACCCUUCCUCAGGGGUCGCAUGUCAAAUAUCUUACAUAUCAGUUCUCUGCAGUAUGAUUCAUAACAGUAGCAAAAUUACAGUCAUGAAGUAGCAGUGAAAAUAACUAUGGUUGGGGGAUACCACAACACGAGGAACUGCAUCGAAAGGUCACAGCAUUAGGAAGGCUGAGAACCAUUGCUUUAAGCUGAGAAUAUCCAGGCUGUUUCCCAGGCACCUCGCAGGUCAAAUGCACCUCCCUAGAGAAGUCACGUUGUGGGGCUUUUGAUCCCAAAUCGGUGUGGGCAGCUCAGAAAGCAAAUUACCUGUGUUUCCGGGGGUAUAGAGGGGGCAAACCGCUGCUGUCUCCCGUCCGCCAGCCUCCUCAUCACUCUGGGAAACUGGUAAGUUAGGACAGUCGUUAGGACAUUCUCUUUGGCUGAGUUCUGCACCAGAAGCUAAGGGGAAUGAUAACUCAGUGACUGACCUGGGUCUCAGCAGGCUCAAAGCAUAAAAUACCUUCUUAAAACCUAGAUAUCAAAGUCCUGGCCAGGCUUGGUGAUGCACGCUUUUAAUCCCAGGCAGGAGCAGGUGGAUCUCUGUGAGCAUAAGGCGGGACUGGUAGACACAGUGAGGUUCUCAAAACAAACAAGAACCCAAACAUUAAAAACCUCCUUAAGUAGUGGGCUCCUCUUGCCAUACGUGUGUAUGUGGGGUCCUCAAAGCUUGAGUUUAGUUAGCUGUGAGAAAAAAAACACACCUGUGUACUAACAGAAGCAAUAUUUGAUGCUGAGGGGUAGGGCAUUUCUAAAUACCAGCAAAAGAAUCACAGCAAUAUGUUAAUAUAAGUCCCUAGCUAGACAUAGAGCAGCAGGUCCGUCCCAACUGGGGCAGAGCAAGGCUGCGAGGAUGAUGGGAAAGAAAGGGCUACUGUAUGUGAACGGUAACAUUAUAAAUCCAGAAAGCCAGAAUUUACUUUUCAAAUGAAUGAAAAUAACCCCUGCCCACACCAAUUGGCCAUCAAAAAUCUUACUGAAUGCUUUUUUUUCCUCCCAGUUUUCCCGUAGGUUAAAAAUUAAAGAGAGGGUAGCCAUCUUUCAGUAACUCGCCAAAAUGACAAACACAAAGGGAAAGAGGAAGGGCACUCGCUAUAUGUUCUCUAGGCCCUUUAGGAAACAUGGAGUUGUUCCUUUGGCCACGUACAUGCGAAUCUACAAGAAGGGCGAUAUUGUAGACAUCAAGGGAAUGGGCACUGUUCAAAAAGGAAUGCCCCAUAAAUGUUACCAUGGCAAAACCGGAAGAGUCUACAAUGUCACCCGGAAUGCUGUGGGCAUCAUUGUAAACAAGCAAGUUAAGGGCAAGAUUCUUGCCAAGAGAAUUAAUGUGCGGAUUGAACACAUCAAGCACUCAAAGAGCAGAGACAGCUUCCUGAAGCGGGUGAAGGAGAAUGACCAGAAGAAAAAGGAAGCCAAAGAGAAGGGCACCUGGGUUCAGCUGAAGCGCCAGCCUGCUCCACCCAGAGAAGCACACUUUGUGAGGACUAACGGGAAGAAGCCUGAGCUGCUGGAGCCCAUUCCCUACGAAUUCAUGGCCUGAUGUAAAAAAAAGAAAUAAAAGACCUGGACUAUAAAAAAAAAAUUAAAGAGAAAAUUGAUGUAAUUUACCUAUUGAUAUGACAGGAACAAAGGAACCAAAUACAUGACUUAAUGGGGCGGGUCGAUGGGCACUGAAGUGUUUACUAUUGUAGAAAGCCCCCUGCUGGCUGGGUGAAGUCACACCACCCAUGGUGGCCUCCUCCCUGGCACUCUAAGGUCACGCCACUGACAAUAGGCAUGGUGGGCCGCUCUUGUUGAACUAGCACACACCAAGUGUUCACUGAAGUCUUACUGAAUAGAUAAACAGAUAAGCAACUUCAGUUUAGCAAGUGAGGCCAGUUUUGAAAUGAAUUUUUAAUUCUAACCUUUCUGGAAUUAAAUUCCAUCAGAUUUCUUGGUGUGGCGGAUGGAUUCUUUCCCCGCUAGAGGCGAUGUUUGCUGCAGGACCAGAAAUGAUCUAGAAUUGACUGAUACUGCGCAACAAGUGCCUGCUGUUUUGACUGAUGUUUGUGUCUGCGUUGUCGUCAGCAUUGUACAGUGGAGGAACACAGGUUUAAAUGACCCACCUGUGGGCUCACAGGGCAUGCGGUUAAGUCAGGAUCCAAUUGCGUGUGUGCACGUGCCCUGUGCAUGGGUGUGUGCUUAUGUGUGUACACGUGCGCAAGUGUGUGCAAGCAUGCUGACGCUGUGGCCUCUUCAUCGGCUUUCCUUGGCAACAAAUGUGAGACUAUGGACCAGUGUAAGGGCAGGGAGGGUUUUCAUCACCCCACGGUGUGUUUGUGUGUCCGCAGCAUGCCAUCUGAUGGACAUUAAAUUGCCCAUCUGAGAGGUGACCGAAUGACUUCAGAGAGGGAACACCACAAGGCCCAGUUUGUGAGGCAGCCUCAGUGGCUACCUGCUGUGCCAUGGAAGCCUAUCAUCACUUUCUACUCAGAAGUAUCCCACUGGAGAAGACACUGAGUUCUGUGGCUGCCCUAAUCUAGAAGGUUCUUUCUGGCUCUGACUUUCUGUGACUUCAGAUUGAACCCAACUGACUGGUAACAUGAUAGUGAUGGUUAAUAUUGUCUGCAGAACCCGGAUCACCUAGGAGACAAGCCUCAGGGAGUGACUGUCAAGUUUCUAGAGUCUUUUAAUUAAGGUGUGUGUGUGUGUGUGUGUGUGUGUGUGUGUGUGUGUGUGUGUGUUGCACCCUAGCUGUGCACAGCAUUA